ACCCAACUUUUUGCACAGUUCCGCUCGUACGCCGCCUUCGGAACAUCGCAUGCACUGCCCUCGUCACCGGGCUUGACAACUUUGGCACCGUCCAGGCAUGCGAAGUAAGCGUCCCGGCUGUCCCAACACUUCUGCCUAUCGGUUCUCGACGCUGGGUCAGGCUUCUCCGGCGUCUUAGAGCUGCUGAACCACCCCAUCUGGGUAUUUUCGCGAAGAGCGACAGCAACGAUGUCGAGCGUAAGGAGACUGGAGAGGCAAGCCCCCGGUCUGUUGUGUAAGCGCUCGACUGCUCGACUGCCAUCACGUGGUCUCUCCCGCGCUCGCGACCUCCGAGGGCACGGACGCGUCUCGUCGCCAAACACCACGACGACGACGUUCCUUUCGACCACCUGUUCAUCACUUCGAGAAUCCAUCUGCGGAGCUAUUUCAUGAACAAUCACUCUCCUUUGUUGCACUAGGCGUGUCAAUGGCUUCGGCAUCGUCGACCCCGUUCUCUACCCCGAUCCACUCGCACCCACUGUCGGUCGAGGAGGCUCCGUCCAGGAGCCGUCGAUCUCGCGGUAAGCAGCCCUCGGACGACGUCAGGCCUCCUACAGACUAUUUCACGCUCAAGGCCCAGCUGGAGAGCAGUGCUGAGCAGCACACCAAGCUGAGCAAUGUCAACUGGGAUGGCAGUGUGCGUGGUUACGGGAAGGACGCGAAGCGCAAGAACAGCAAGCCGGCGCCUCUCAUCGUAGUUGAAUCUACGAGCGGCCAACUAGCCCCACCGGCCUCUGCGACCCUUGACAGUUUCGACUCCGUGUUUGUCGAGGACACGGCGAAUGGGUUCGCAUCGGCCUCUGACGUCCUCCGAACCCAAUGGCACGAGAUGCCAGAUGAUGCGGUGGAAGCGGCUUUGUUGAGCCUCCAGGAGACAACACCUCAGUCGAGUAUCCCGAGCCACCCAUACCAUUCCGUCAUCAGGGUACUAUCAUCUGCUGUACAUAACCUCUCUCGGAUCCGCCGAGAGCUCGAGGACGAUCGCCGCCUUCUGCGGGAAAAGGAGGCGAGACGGCGAGAACGCGCAGAGCACCUCAUCAGGGAACUACCUCUAUCUGACAAGCUCGUCGCGCAGCGCAUACUACAAUCAUUGUAUCCUGAUGACGACGAAGCGACGCAUCUUGUGCAGAAGCGACAUAGUCAAUUAUCUCUGUCAGAGUCGCUGACUGAGGCGAUUGAAGAUGAUGUAUCACUCUCGCGAAGCGUGCCGGAGGAUUCGUCCACCCCAAUGGCGAACUCCAAUAUGGGGUCUUCGACAGUGACCGUCGAAUCCGCGGAGGCGCCCACAACCAACGGAGACUCGCGAGAUGCCUCAGAGGCUGAUCUGGACUCACAAACGACGAGCGAAGCAUUCAUGCCUAAUGGAGACGAACGUGCAUUAUCUAUCAAAGGGGACAAGGCGAGCCUCGGAGAUUGGAUGGGAACUUGGUGGGUCAAAGGCAAGAAGAAUGGGCAAGCAAUCACGCCGCCUCGAGUCGAACCGUCCCCGGAAGCCAUCGUCGAGAGCCCGGUCGACACCCCUCAGACGGGAACCGAGGAUGACCCAUCUACUCCAUCUGCGUCAUCUGCGUCGCAACCCCCGAACAAACCUAGUCGUCGCAAGGCAGUCCGGAGCGUCUUCGGUAAUCUGGGCUUCUCGAUGUUAAAUCCUUCAGUGACUUCAUUGGGCCCACGGAAGCGUCGCAACAUGUCGGUGACGGACACCCAGGGCUUCGAGCCGCCGACGGACGCGAAGUCAACGAGGAGCGUGCGCUCUGCAGCAUCUUCCCCGUCGAGAGCGUCGUCUUCACUGCUGCCACCUGCUUCCUCUGGACCUUCCAAGUCAGCCUCGCUGUCCAAGCCACCUUCGAUCGUCUCAGGAACUUCCCGAGCGGCGGCGGAGGAACGGCCGCCACAGGGAUCGUCCCUGCGGGCCAUCAUACAAGCCACACGAGUGAUGACCACGGACCCUGCAAGCAUCUUGGACGACCAAGGCCGCGAGACCAGCCCAUUGAUCGCUCAGAAGGCCUUCGAUCUUGUGCGGGUUGCUCGCGAGGAAGGCCUUGACUUCCGUGAGCAACCCAAGCCGAAGAGAGAGCGCAAGCAGGACAAGGCUGAUGGCGCUGACGACCAGACUGCACGGUCAACGCUCAGCCCUGGGGGCGAGACCGCGCCGCCGCUCGUGCGCGCAUCGACAUCCGGAGAUGUGCGCAGGCCAACCAGUCGAAGGAAGCCUAGUGUCAAUAUACCGUCGUUCGCGUCCCCGAUCUUUGGCUCGUUUAUGGCGCAACAGGACAAGGCAAUAUCCACGGUCGUCAAUGCGGUGCAGAGAGGAUACCCUUCGGGCACCCCUGCGCAGACGGACUCUCAGGCGAACACAACAACAUCGCCUCGUGUGACAAAGCCUGGCUCUGUGCCGCUGGAGUCGAUCAUUCCGGUGGACGCGAAACCACCGACCCAGUUUCUCUCCCGCACAUACACGCCGCUGACCUCGCGCGACUUUCACUUCUCGAUCCCACUUCCUGACGUUGCCUCGGCCCUGUCGGUGCCAUACGAUGAGCAUAGCCAUGAAGGCAUGACCGACAGAUAUGGUUUCAUCUACGACGUCUCGAAGUAUGAUGUCCUGCUGCUCAUCCGCGCGAAGGAGUGUGGGAACACCGCCCCCGCCUGCUUGACGGGUAUCAAGAUCGCCGACCGCAAGGAGGACAACACCUGGCCCAGCGACGACGGAGUGGUAGACGACGCGAUCGAGGUGGCCAAGGAACCCUGUGGUUGCGAUGGUAAUGGGGACGUAUCGGAUGUGAUCAGCGUCAAAUCCACCAGUACUCGACCCACCGCGCGGAGUAUACUGUUCACAGAAGAAGGAGCACAAUCGUCGGCGUCAAGGCGAAGUUCACCAUCGUCCACUAGGGGCCGGAAGCGCGCUGGCACGACCACUACUGGCCCUGCACCGCGUCCGAAGUCCUCCAUCCUGGUGGUCGACGCGGACACUCCCCGACACGUCUGUGCGAACACCAUCCGCAUGCUGAUUGCACAGCUCGUGGACAUACACGAUCAGCGACAGACCGCUCAGCGCCGGGAGUGGGACGCCUUCGUGAAGCGCAGAGAGAAGUCACGUAAGUCGACGGGUGGAUCGAUGUCGCGGAUCACCACCGCUACAGGAGGCGCUGCUGCUCUCCUCGGCCUUGGUACUGCCGUGGAAGAGGAAGAACUCGCACACAGCGGUGGCCUGGUGGGCUUCGCCGAGCUCGGCCUGCCAGCAUUCAAGGACGAGAAGCGGGAGUUCGUGCGGCUUGUUCGUAAUGGCAUCCCUCUCGUGUAUCGAUCGCAGGCUUGGCUCGAGUGCAGUGGAGGGCUGGAGAUGCGGGAGCCUGGUGUAUUCGCGGACCUGCUUGCCCAGGCAGACGACGGAAGUGGUGCGAUCCGCGAGAUCGAGAAGGAUGUGUGCCGUACUAUGCCGCUGAACAUCUUCUUUGGACGUACUGGCGCGGGUGUGGACAAGCUGCGAAGAGUGCUCAUUGCAUACAGCAGACGUAAUCCGGCGGUAGGCUACUGCCAAGGCAUGAACCUCGUGACAUCUACCCUUCUGCUGAUCCACGCCGAUGAGGAAGAGGCCUUCUGGGUACUUUCCGCGAUCCUCGAGCGGUUAUUGCCCGAGGACUUCUUCUCGCCGACCCUCCUCAGUUCGCGGGCUUGUCCCCUGGUGCUGCUGGAGUAUGUCCAGGACUCGAUGCCAAAGCUCUAUCACCACCUCACAGAACUUGGUGUUGACCUUCCCGCUAUCUGUUUCUCGUGGUUCCUCUCACUCUUUACGGAUUGUCUCCCCGUAGAGACUCUGUUCCGCGUAUGGGACAUCUUCCUCGUCGACGGCAUGGAUGUGCUAUUCAGGAUCGCAUUCACUAUUCUUCGGAUGAGCGAGCAAGAGCUAUUGCAUUGUUCAUCGAUUCCUGCCGUCUAUGUUGCACUAGAGAGUCUGCCCAACAGGAUGUGGGAGACCGACAAACUACUUCAGUAUGAAGCGGAUCUCCGCUCGACUAUGGUUCAUUCAGACCUCGUCCGUAAACGACAGGCACACACGGAGGAACUCAGACAGUGCAUGGCAUGAGCAUAUUUCGUCACCAUCAGGCACCACCGUAGACCUAUAUUAUUGCGCGUUGUAUUGGGUACAGUACUCAGGCUUGUAUGCUUAGAUGGGAUAGGACCUUGGCUCAGUUGGGUUAACAGAUCAGCUAGUCAGGCUAUGCGCCUGAGCACGACACUCCAUCUGUGUCCAU